CUAGGAUCCUUUCAUGACAGACUGCUACAGUGAGCCAACUGAACCAACAGGCAGGUUUUGUCAGCAAUUCCCAGGAAAUCAUGGUUCAGAUUAUUAAAGACAUGGAUGAAUUAAAAACAUUUUUGAAAGCUGCUGGAAGCAAACUUGUGGUGGUUGAAUUCUCAGCAAAAUGGUGUGGUCCUUGCCAAAAGAUUUGUCCUCUUGUUCAUGCAAUGUCUCUGCAGUACCGAAAUGUAAUGUUUGCUAAUGUGGAUGUGGAUGAUUCUCAGGACUUGGCCCAAAUUUAUCAUGUCAAAGCUAUACCCACAUUUCAGAUGUUCAAGAAGGCCCAGAAGGUAACCCUAUUCUCGAGACUCAAAAGAGCAUUUUGCUGUAAUGGAAGUGGAUUCAUGAACAAGCCGAUUUUUGAAUUUUGUGGAGCUGAUGCUCAAAAAUUGGAAGCGAAGAUUCGAGAACUAAUGUAAGCCGAUCUCCAAGAUAAAAUACAUUUGCAACAUUUUAAAAGGUGGCAGCUAAUGUGUUUGUGUU